UUGCUCAUCAAAAUGGAAUUCCCGUUUGUAUUUUGCAACUCGCCGAUUUACGAAACCGUGGUUUUCGCGCAAUUCGUUCACUUAAUGGCGGCCGCCUCGACCAUAGGUAUGCUCGACGCGUUAAUUGUGACUUUGAUAUUACAUAUCGGCGGGCAAAUAGAUAUUAUACAUCAACAAUUGCGAGAAAUCUGUCUCAAGGAUCCUGACAAUGAUUUAUCCGCUGCCGUUGUAAAAUCUUUAAUUACCAAGCAUCAUAAAAUUAUUGCUUUUUCGAACAACAUCGAGCGUCUAUUCACCCACAUCGCGCUGAUGCAAUUUCUGUCGAACACGAUGAUCAUAUGCUGCAUCGGUUUCCUCAUAGUAACUUCGUUAGGUACAGAUGAAAGCGUCAAGAUGUUAAUAAGGACAACUUUUUUCUACAUUUCUAUUAUCCUGGAGGCGUUUAUCUUCUGUUUUGUUGGCGAAUAUCUUAGCAAUAAAAGUAAAACAAUCGGUGACGCGGCAUACGAAUCGGUUUGGUACGUCCUCAAACCUCGAGAUUGCCGAUUUCUGUUGUUUCUGAUAAUGAGAUCGCAAAAACAGCUGACGAUUACCGCGGGGAAGUUCAUAAACUUGUCAUUGGAAGAAUUCACGAAUAUUUUAAAAGCCUCCGCGUCAUAUGUAUCUGUUUUGCACACGAUAGGUUUGGCUCUUCCGAUGCAAAUUGGUCUUCGAAUUGCCGGUAUUUGGCCGGACGCGUCGUACGCGGUGUUGUUUCGAAGUACCUGGAUAGUGACCAUAGGCAUCGUACAAACUUUCCAGUACUGGUGGAUCGUUCUUCACUUCGAAAAUGACGAUCUGUCGUAUUUGCUGGACGCUUUGAGUGUCACCAUCGAGUACACUAUGAUGUUAAUAAAAUUGAUUAUUUUAUGGUUAAAUAGUCGUAUAUUUUACGAUGUCCUAGCUGCGAUGGCUAGCGAUUGGAAAGAAACUGCGAUCAGCAACGUGCGCAUCAUAACGAGCAAAGCCAAUUUGUCACGGCGUUUUCUCAACGUGAUGAUCGGAUUUCAUUCGGUGGCGGUAAUUCUUUACGGCAUUGGCGUGACUUUUCACGUCGACGAUCACAAUGUCGACGUGAGCGAGACGUCCACUCGCGAGUUCGUGUUGAAGAUGCAACUUCCGUUCGAGUGCAACGAGUCGCCGCUGUACGAGCUCGUCACGUGUCUGGAAUUUUUUCAUUUGCUGACAGCUUCCGUCGUAACUGGGAUAUUAAACUCGCUCAUUAUCACGUUAGUUCUUCAUACGAGCGGUCAGAUAGACAUUUUGUGCGACACACUGAAGGAAAUUUGUUCGAACGAGCAUAAUCGACAUCUGAUCAUCAUAAAGCAUAUGAUCGGCAAACAUCAGAAGAUCAUCAUAUUCUCGAGCAAAAUUGAAAACAUUUUUUGUUACAUCGCUUUGAUCCAAUUUGUAACUAGCACGCUGGUAACUUGUUGUUUAGGAUACAUGAUCGUGACAUCGAUUAGCGCGACGCAAGAUGUCGAUGCGAUCGAUAGCUCGAUGUUGAUGAAGGCUGUGGUGUUUUACGUGAACGCAUUGGCGGAAGCCUUUAUCCCUUGCUUUUGCGGGGAAUAUCUCAGUGCCAAGAGCAAAGAGAUCGGCGACACGGCGUACGAGUCCAUCUGGUACAACUUCACACCGAGCGAGAGCAAGCUCAUCCUGUUUAUAAUAUUGAGAUCACAAAGGCGGCUCACUAUCACAGCUGGAAAAAUCAUGGAUCUGUCGCUAGAAAGAUUUACGAGCCGCACGACCACCAUUAGCGAGUCGGUCGAAAUGGGUUUACGUUUUAUCGGAAUAUGGCCGCGUUGCGGCGUAUACGCGAACGUCAACUGGUGGACUUACAUCGCGUCUGUGGCGAUAAUGCAAUAUUUUCAAUAUUCGUAUAUUUUGACGCACUUCAAUAUCAGCGAUCUCUCCGACACCAUAGACGGUUUGAGCAUCACGUUGGGCUACAGUCUGUCGUUUCUCAAGCUGAUCAAUCUCUGGUUCAAUCGUCGCAAGUUGUACGUUAUUCUGGAUAUGAUGGAUAAGGAUUGGUGCGACGGAAUUGCAAUCAGUUCGGAUGCGAUCACAAUGACGAGACACGCCGAUUUUUCGCGCCAGUGCUCGAACGUAAUGAUCACAACGAACGCGCUGGCUGUGUUCUUUUACACGAUCGGAGGACCGAUACUGCGAUCGAUGAUCAACAAGAGGAACAAAGAGGCUUCAGCUCGCGAGUUACCCAUUAAAAUGGAAUUUCCCUUUGACAUCGACAGUUCGCCGGUUUUCGAACUGGUGCUGAUAAUCCAAUUGUUUCACGAUCUAUCGGUAGCUUGCGUCAUCGCUACGUUGAACGCUUUGCUCGUCACACUGAUUUUGCACGUGAGCGGUCAGAUUGACAUUGUGCGGCAAGGUUUGCUGGGAAUUUCUCCCAAGAAACAUCCGUCGAAAUCUUGUUCGAGCGACAUCAAGAAUCUGAUUAACAGACAUCAAAGAAUCAUCGAUCUGUCGGACAGCAUCGAGGAUCUGUUCUCGAAUAUCGCGUUACUUCAGUUCAUCUGGAACACACUGGUUAUCUGUUGCAUAGGCUUUAUGAUGAUAAUAUCCGUCGGCACGGAGGAAGGAGCCACGGUGAUAACGAAGUCUCUCAUCUUUUACGUCGCGAUAACUCUCGAGGCGUUCGUCUUUUGCUACGCCGGAGAAUAUCUCAGCGCUAAGAGUAAAUCCAUCGGUGACGCCGCGUACGAGUGUUUCUGGUACGAUCUGACGCCCAGCGAGUGUCGGAUCUUGAUAUUUCUGAUAUUGAGAGCGCAAAAACGAUUGACCAUCACCGCGGGCAAAAUAACCGACUUGUCGUUGGAAGGUUUCACAACUAUUAUGAAAACGUCCGCGUCGUACGUGUCCGUGUUACACGCGUUGUAUUAG